AAUUUUAAAUAUUUAAAGCUAUAAAUUUAACAUUACUGCUUGAAGUGCUGGGACUAAAAAAAAUAUAUUCAAUUUAAAAAACAACAUUGAAACAUUCUCAUAAAAGUGAUAAACAUGAUUAACUUCUUUGGAGCAAAAAGCCGGCAAAUGAAAUUUCAAAACGAUGGAUAAAAGUAUUAUUAAAUGCGAACCAAAGCCUAAAUUUUGGACACCAAAAACGAUUAUUAUCCAUAAAUAAUUGCGAUUAUUUUAACAAUGUUUUGCAAUAGAACAAAAAGCUUUAGAUAAAGAUAAUAGUAAAUUUCAAAGAAGCAUGAUGAGUAGAUGAUAAGAAAAUUCCAAAAUUUCAAAGAAAAGCUGACAAGUCAAAAAAGAAUUAACAAAAGCAAUCUUACAAACACUUAAAACAAAAACAAGCCAAGCGACUUUAGCAAUCGAUCUAAAAGCUAAAUACCUGCCAGCAUAAGGAAAUUCCCUUGAAAACUUUGGAUAAAAAAGUCGAAAAUAAAUUUGGAAAAAUCCGUGGAGCAGAGCUACGGAAAAUCUCAGCCUGAAAAUGCUUUUGAGCAAUCAGCCGGCGAAUACGAGACCGCAGCAAACGCCUUCGCCUUCGCCGACGCAGAACUUCAAGUCGAAGUUGCAGCAACAAAUCGUUUCGGCAGCGGCGGUGGCAGCGGCGAAUAUCGCCAACGGCAGCAGUCAUCAUCAGCAUCAUCAGCAUCAUCAGCAUCAUCAUCAUUCUCAUUCUCAUUCUCAUCAUCACCACCACAAUCCGCUGAACAACCAUCACAAUCAUAAUCACAAUCAGCACAACAUUUCCUUCGCCACGGAUUUCUCAAUUGCGGCGAUUAUGGCGCGCGGCGGAAACGCCCCCAGCAGCCGUGAACCUUCGGAACGGAGUCUGAGUCCCGCAUCCGUGGAGCGCUAUUCAGGCCAGGAUGCGGACGAUGAUGUUGACGUUGAUGUGGUCGACUGCAGUGACUCGGAAAUGCCGACGGCAACUGCAGCAGCAGCAGCAGCAGCAGCAUCUGCAACAGCAGCGGCUGCAGCGGCAGCAUUGCAGGCGCAGCAGCAAGCGCGUCAGGCAUUGCGUGUUGCACAGCAACAACAGCAGCAGCAGCAGCAACAACAAAAGCAGCAGACACAUCACCACGCAACGGCAAACAAGCAACAACGCCAACAUCACAAUCAUCACAGCAGCAACACCAACAGCAACAUCAGCAACAGCAACAGCAACUCCAACAGCAACAUCAGCAACUCAGGCCACAGCAACAGCAACUCCAACAGCAACAGCAACUGCAAAUCAAGCAGCCAUCGAGGGCGUUCUGCUGCCGCAGUUGGAGCCGCUGCCACGCCCUCGCCGCCACCGCCCCCGCCCUCUCAAAGUCCCGAGGAACUCGAACGCCUGUCGCCAGAGGAAUCGCCAGCCCAGCAGCCCACGCCCAAGAUAGUGGGCUCGUGCAAUUGCGACGAUCUCACGCCCGUCCAGUGCCACCUGGAGACCAAGGAGCUGUGGGAUAAGUUCCAUGAAUUGGGCACUGAAAUGAUCAUUACCAAAUCGGGCAGGCGCAUGUUCCCCACCGUGAGAGUGAGUUUUUCGGGUCCCCUGAGGCAAAUUCAACCGGCGGACCGAUAUGCCGUACUUUUGGACGUCGUACCGCUGGAUUCGCGGCGAUACCGUUACGCCUAUCAUCGCAGUUCGUGGCUGGUGGCCGGAAAAGCCGACCCACCGCCCCCCGCCCGCAUCUACGCCCAUCCGGAUUGUCCUCUCAGUCCGGAGGCGCUAAGAAAACAGGUCGUCUCCUUCGAAAAAGUGAAGUUGACAAACAACGAGAUGGACAAGAGCGGACAGGUCGUGCUGAACUCAAUGCACCGCUACCAGCCCAGGAUCCACUUGGUGCGAUUGAGCCACGGCCAGAGCAUGCCCGGCAAUCCCAAGGAGCUGCAGGAUAUGGACCAUAAAACCUUCGUUUUCCCGGAGACCGUGUUCACGGCCGUGACGGCCUAUCAGAAUCAAUUGAUUACGAAACUGAAAAUCGAUUCGAAUCCGUUUGCCAAGGGAUUUCGCGAUUCGUCGCGUCUCAGCGACUUUGAUAGGGAUCCCAUGGAUGCGUUUUUUUUUGACCAGCACAUGAGAACCGCUCCACUGCGUUUCUUUCCGGAUCCCUUGAUGUCCCAGUUGACGCCUCAGGAGGCGGACGCCGCGUCCUUGGCGCUCCUGGAAAAAGCCCGCCAGCACUUGCAGAUGUUCGGCAGAUCGCCGUACACGGAGAUGUUGCUGCCGCACUUGUAUCAGCGAUCGGCAGCCCCUCCGCCGCCCCCCCACCUCAGCGCCUUUCAGCUGGGCAUGUGGCAGCAGCAGUGGCCACAGCUGACGGCCGGAUUCCUGGCCAGCGCCAAUCAGCAGGCGGCCUUGGCCUUGGCCGCAGCGGGCGCCAAUCGGACGCCACCGCCUCCCGUUUCGGUGGCCCCUCCCGCCCCUGCCACGCCCACCUCCUCGUGCGGUUCUGCCUCGCCGGACUUGAGGUCCAGGCCCCAGCUGAGCCACUAUCCGCAGCGAUUCAGUCCGUACCAGGUGCCCCAGCAUCAGGCCUCGCCACCAGCCUCGAAUCGGGCAGAAAGUCCUUAGGACCAACGAAUAAUGAACGCAAUCAACUAAUCCACCCAACACACCACCCAUUCCCUCUCUUUGCCCCACCCAAAACCAAAAAUAUUCUGAUGUGGUCUUUAAAUCUCUGAAUAAAAGUACCAUUUAAAGUCAAUUUAGGAAGCACAGCAAAUAUUUCUGUGCUAUUUAGAGCAUGACAUGUUUGUAUUAAACACAUUUCCGUUUGCAAUAAAUCAAUCAAAAUUGGUUCUAAAUUAAAAAUCAAAUUUCAAUUCAAAAAUAAAACAGCAAAAACAUUGAAAUUAAGUUGAGAGAUUUUCCUGUGUGAUAUUUUAAAAAAUAAAAUUUAAAUCGGUAAAAGUUAUUAAGUCAUGUAUUUAUAAAACAGAAAUUAAACAAUUAUUAUAACGUUUUUGAUCUUUUUCUGUCACAUUAAUUAUUAAAUUAGCUUUUGAAAAGAGAAAUUUUAGCUGCUUUGUGCAAUAAUUUAAUUUACAAUCUUAACAUAAAUAUUUAAAGUCUUUUCAAGAUAAAUCAAAAAACCACAAAGUUAUUUCUUCGGUUUUUUAAAAUUAAGAAAUUGCCAAUCAAGAAAAUUGGUUUAAAAAAAAAAAACGUUAAAAAAUAAGAUUUAAAGACCACACCAGAAUAUCAACGAAAUGUAUGUGCAAUGUUGUUGAACAAAUAAAAAAAUAGAAAGAAUACCCUUUGUAAAUAACCCCGAAAAUGUUGCUGCAACAUCCAAAGAUGCAUUCGAUGUUGCAUGUGAUGCUAAGCUAGAAAACCGUCAUAACCGGUUUCACUGUAUUGUAAUUUUUGUAGCAUUAUAACAGUAUUAGUUAAUUUAAUUAGGCCUAGCAAUAUGCAUCCCCCCACUUUUGCUGUGUUUUUUGUUGUCGUCCCCAUGUGUUCCUAAAACUGCAAAUUAUUGUGAGAAUUCCACGCUGAAUUAAACCCCCUAGACACUCCCCCCAGCCCCCAAAAAGCAAAUGCGAAAACUAUUACUAUAAACACUUAUUUAAAUAAUGAGCGAAGAGAGAUGGAGCGAAACUGAAUAAACAAUUUAUAACACAAUGCG